AUGGCGGUGGUAUUGAUCGACUGUGUACGCACAGUAUCGCAGACACGCGAUGGCCACUUGCCUAAGUACUUGCUUCAGCACAUCCGGCCAUCGCGGCAGACGGAUGUUUCUAGUGCAAACAUGUGGUGGUACCGCAUUCUGUGGCUUACGGUUCUGAUCAACAUUGCCAAGAGUGUUUUUGUGGUGGAGGUCAAUAAGCUGUACAAACCUUGCGCCAACCCGAACAAACCCGCCCCAUUCCCGUUGGAUUUCUCAAAGCUGCAGGUAUUUCUCUCGGAGGACGAAAAGCUCGUUAUAAAUGGCGAGCUGAAAUUUACCCAAAACGUUAAACCACCGUGGGGUGUAUCGGUCUACACCAAUAAGCUGGACCACGGUGAAUGGGUUCCGACACCGUACUCGAAACAUGUGUUUAAUCUUUGCAUGGCGAUGCACGCCAGCACUGAAAUGUGGUAUCCGAUUACGCGACAUAUGAACCAAACAAGCUGUCCUUAUAAACAGGGGCACGUGGAAAAGUUCAACAUGAUCGAUCUGGGAAACUUUGGGCUGGACGAUGUGCUGGGAGAUCUUGUUGGAGAAUGGAGAAUAUUUGUCGAUUUCAGCUUGGGAUCUAUGCCACAUAAGAUGCAAAUUUCUUGUUUAAUGAAUGAGGUUUCCAUACUGGAGCAUUGA